CCAGCCCCUCCUCAGGCGGCCCGGUUGCUCCGGUGGCCAUGGCGGGCGCGGCGGCGGGCGGGCUCUGCGCCGGGCUGCUCGACUACAAGACGGCGAAGUUCGCGCUGACGCGGAACCGGCGGAUCGGGCUGCUGCACCGGCUGCUGCAGCUCGGCGUGCUGGGCUACCUGCUCGGGUGGGUGCUCCUGCUGCGGAAGGGCUACCAGGACACCGACGCCUCCCCCCGCGCCGCCCUGGUCACCAAGCUGAAGGGGACGGCGGUGGCCGAGGCGGGGGGCGCGGGGCGGCGGCUGUGGGACGCGGUGGACCAGGCGCGGCCCCCGCAGGGAGGAAAUGGGCUCUUUCUGGUGACCAAUUUCAUUGCCACAGCCAAGCAAGCCCAGGGCACCUGUCCCGAGAGCCCCUCUGUUCUCGAUGCAACGUGCACAGAAGAUGCAGACUGUCCCGUGGGAAUCACAGUGGUUCAUGGCAAUGGGAUAAAAACUGGGAAAUGUGUGAUGUUCAACACCUCCCAUUCCACCUGUGAGAUCUAUGGCUGGUGUCCUGUGGAGAACAGCACCCUGUCCAGGAAACCUCUUCUGGCUGAGGCAGAGAAUUUCACUCUUUUUAUAAAAAAUACUGUCCACUUCACCAAAUUUAACUUCUCCAAGUGCAAUACUUUGCAAACCAAUGACCCCAUCUAUUUCAAGACCUGCACGUAUGAUCCAAUCUUCCACCCAUCCUGCCCUGUCUUCCGUGUCCGUGACAUGGUGGAGGCGGCUGGAGAGACCUUUGGAGACCUCGCUCUGCUGGGGGGCAGCAUCAGAGUUCGCAUCGAGUGGGACUGUGACCUGGAUCGCGCUGCUGCCCAGUGCCAGCCUCAGUACUCCUUCAGCCUGCAGAACAGGAAGUACAAUUUCAGAACUGCCUCCUACUACUGGGACUCCCAGCGGCAGCUCUACAGGAACCUGCUGAAGCUCUACGGCAUCCGCUUUGACGUCUCCGUGCACGGCCAGGCUGGGAAGUUCAGCAUAAUUCCUGCUGCUGUGAGCUUUGGCACCGGCAUCGCCUUCUUUGGUGCUGCCACGGUGGUCUGUGACCUGGUUCUACUCUACCUGGACACAAAGGCUCACUUGUAUUGGAAGGAGAAGUUUGAGGAGGUUUUCUUGCCAUGCAAGAUCCCACUUUCACUGCCCAGCCUGCUCAACUGGGGGAUGGCAGGGAGACCCCAGAAGAGCAGGAAAGCUGCCAGCCUCAGCUCGGGUCAUCUUUAUCUGGCCCAGUCCUCUGAGCGCAAAGAUCUUCCAGCUCCUGGUGAACUGCCCAAAGGGCUGCAUUGAUCUGCUGAGGGAAAAAGUUUGUUCCUAAUGCCUGAUCUCAAAUCAUGAGUGAGGGUCUCAACCAAUGAAUCUGGUCACAUGGGACUGAGCAGAGCAGAGCAGGACCACCUGCCUGGGCCAUCAUCUUGUCUCUGAUGUACUAAGAUGUCCCUGUUCAU